AUGGAUGAACAAAGCCACGAGAAUGCUGGGCAAGAACCCUGUGCAGACGGUUCCCUGGGGCAAUUUUCCUUCGCACCGGCAACUCGGACUACGGUAGUCACCACGACUACAACCACAACCACCUCCUUCCCACCACUUGUUAUAAAACCUCCACGCGCAACAAAGGACUUGGACCCCCGGCUUUAUCCUCUGGCCUUGUUGCCCACUCCACGCAAUCUGAAAAAUGCUCGGUUCAAGAUUGGAGACCAGUCCAUCGUUUUCAAGGAACCGACUGAUGCCAAAGCGGCUCUUAUUGAAUUGAAUGAACAAAACGAUGCACUCAAAUCCUCCAACGGCUUAAUCCGUUCUGUCAAUUCCUUUGCUUCCGAGGACGACAACGUGACCCGACGUCUAGCAGCUCCACUACCGGCACGUCGAAUCAAUCAACCAACCCCUCAUCAUCCUCAGCCGCAGCGGCCCGUCUCUCCGGUCUCGAUAUCUGAGCCUCGCCCGGUCAUCCUGCCCCGGACCCGCCGAGUACCAUCCGAGCCGGUCGCACGACGGACCCGUCCUCAGCCAUCGUCUUUGACUCAUCUAUCUGCUGCUGGAUUGGUCACGCCUGGAAUUGAACACAAUAUUAGUAGCUUGGGGGAAGGCCAGGGCGUGAAGCAGCGGGCACUCAGUGCAAAUCACUCUCGCAGGGAAACACUGUUGCGGUCGCCUCUCUCCGCGGAGAUUGCACAUGCUGACCCGGACAAUCAAAAGCUUGACGGGGAGAUUCCCCAGUCCUUCGCGUCGCAGAGCGGCAGGCUAGAUCCCAGCGCGGGGGUCACGUCUAAUCCAAGCUCCUUCGACCAGAACGCCUCCUUUGGAUCCAGCGAAAACUCAUGUCAGCGGGGACCGGAGCUAACCACCCAGCUGUCCGCCAUUGAGAAUGCCAUGGCGCAAGACAUGUGCUUACCCAGUCCUAGCUUGUCCCCGGUCGCCGCCAUGAAUGCUCUGCACGGCGAGUCUUCCUACGACUGCGAAGGGAACGACAUUGACACGGAUUCCAGUGUAGAUCAAGGCGUUUCACGCUACUCAAAGGCUCUUCGUCUGCUCGAUUCCGACGCUUCUCGAAUCCAAAGUCUUGCUGCACCCCGGAUGACAACCCCAGGACCUUCUCUGAUGGAUAUGCCCAAAGUCCUCGAGUUCUUUGAUUCUGUCCCGGACGAGCUCAAAAGCUACAUGAUGUACCAAUUCCUGCGACGAUGCCCCAAGCCGACCCUGCACUUUGUCGCUGAUGUUGUGAACCCGACCCUGAAGUGUGACUUCUUGACCAUGCUUCCACUCGAGCUCAGUUUGAACAUCGUCAAAUACUUUGAUGUGCAAACAAUGUGUCGCGCCGCCCAAGUGUCCAAGAAAUGGCGCCACAUAGUGAGCUCGGAUGAGAAGACAUGGAAGGAACUCUUCGAUCGCGAAGGGUAUGUCUUGUCGACGGGUGAGCUGGAGCGAGCCAUCCGAGAAGGUUGGGGUUGGCAAUGCAGCAACACGGAUAACUUUGAGCGGGAUCUCAGCAAGUCGGUUGUUCCCUGGCCGGAAAGAGAAGGGUCCCCCGUCGCUUCUUCCUCGCAGUCGCUCGAGCGAAUGACCGGACCCUCAUCCACUCCGAUGAGACGACCGAAGCGCAAGGCUAACACUCGUACGCCGAGUCGAAAAUUCGCGAAGCGGAAAAUUUCUUCCAGCGGAACUGAUCAAUUCGAGCCGAACUGGAAGAGAGGCAUUGCUGCAUCGGAAGCACCCUACGCCGCUGCCAGUGCUGCCGCUGCCGCCGUGUCCUAUCCCGAUGUGGGCCUUCCUUCGCUUCGAGGGUUGUACCUAUACAAGGCCCUCUACCGUCGGCAUCACGCCAUUCUUCAAGGGUGGAUGAAGCCUGAUGUGAAACCUCAACAUAUUGCUUUCCGUGCCCAUGACCGUCACGUCGUCACUUGCUUGCAAUUUGAUACAGACAAGAUUUUAACCGGAAGUGACGACACGAACAUAAAUGUGUACGACACCAAGACUGGAGCUUUGAAGGCGACCUUGGAAGGUCAUGAAGGAGGGGUCUGGGCACUUGAAUACCAUGGCAACACGCUGGUUUCCGGGUCGACAGAUCGAUCUGUCCGCGUAUGGGACAUUGAGCGUGCCAGGUGCACUCAGGUCUUUAAUGGACAUACAUCGACCGUGCGCUGCCUGCAGAUUAUCCUUCCAACCGAGGUUGGGACAGACGCACAAGGCCGCGCCGAGAUCAUGCCCAAAGUUCCCCUAAUUAUCACCGGAUCGCGCGACUCGAAUCUCCGUGUGUGGAAGCUCCCCAUGCCCGGCGAUCGGGAAUACUUCCCGAGUGGUCCCAUGGCGGACGACACUGAUUGCCCCUACUUUGUCCGCACGCUCUCUGGCCACGCUCACUCCGUCCGUGCGAUUGCCGCACAUGGCGACACCCUCGUGAGUGGCAGUUACGACUGUACAGUCAGAGUGUGGAAAAUCUCUACAGGCCAGGUCCUUCACACCCUUCAAGGCCAUUCUUUGAAGGUCUACAGCGUCGUUCUCGACCACAAGCGCAAUCGAUGCAUCAGUGGCGCGAUGGAUCACAUGGUCAAGGUCUGGUCACUGGAUGACGGAUCACUAUUGUACAAUCUGGAAGGUCACAACUCCUUGGUGGGUUUGCUUUCACUACAGAACGACUUCCUGGUGUCCGCUGCUGCGGAUUCUACACUCCGGAUUUGGGAUCCUGAGCAUGGUCACUGCAGGAGCAAGCUGAGCGCACACACCGGUGCAAUCACUUGCUUCCAGCAUGAUGGCUACAAGGUCAUUUCCGGAUCAGACCGAACUUUGAAGAUGUGGGAUGUGAGUACCGGUGCUUGUGUCCGAGAUCUUCUUACCGACUUGAGCGGCGUCUGGCAAGUGAAGUUCAACGAUCGGCGCUGUGUUGCUGCCGUGCAGCGUGACAACUUGACUUACAUUGAGGUGCUUGACUUUGGUGCGGCUCGGGAUGGUGUACCCGAGGCCAAGCUCGGCAAGCGAAUUGUAGUCAAUCGUCGGGGACGAGAGAUCGCCACCGGUAAUGUUGGAUCGGAUUCGGACUCGGACUAA